AUGACCUUAUGUCUGUCAUCUCUGCCAGUGUCAGCACCUGCCAGUGUGCUGUUUCAGGGUUCCAGGGAGAUCAGCGCAAGGUUGACAAAUCUUUCACGGAAUCUGGAAGUAUCAGAACCUCUUCCAACUGUGUCUCAGUGGGUCCUGAGUACCAUAGUAAAAGGGGGCUACCAUGUGCUAGUGCACACAGACACAGACUGCAGUGGUUUCCUAUAUCCAUCAUCAACGCGGUCUGCUUUCACACUUUCUGUUCAGGUUGCCACAGCAGAUUCUGCUGUGGGCAGAGACCAGGUGAUUACCUUUACUGAAACGAUGUACAAAAACAGAACAACAAAUAUACCUGAGUUUAUCCUACAAGGAUUUACAGGAAUUUCUGCUGAAUAUUAUGGAUUGUUAGGGACCUUUUUCCUUUUUAUUUAUCUGUUGCUGGCAUCUGGGAACAUUUUCAUCCUUGUAUUUGUGGCAUGUGAAAGAAGUCUUCAGAAGCCAACAUACAUCAUCUUUUGUAAUCUUGCAAUAUCAGAUCUUGGAUUUGGAACUACAACUCUGCCCAGAAUUAUUGCUAAGUACUGGAUGUCUGAUAUCAUCUCAUUCAAUAGUUGUAUCACUCAAUUGUAUCUUGUUCAUUAUUUUGGGACUUGCAGUUCAUUUCUUAUGGCACUAAUGGCCCUUGAUCGAUUUGUUGCUAUAUGUAACCCAUUGAGAUAUCCAGUUUUGAUCAAGAACUCAAGUAUUGUGUUUCUUUGUUCAGUGCUUUGGAUAGUAAGUCUAUUCAUUCUUGGUGGGACUACUUCAUUAGCGCUUAGUGUGCCUUACUGUGGCCCAAAUAUUAUACGUCACUGCUACUGUGACUACAUUUCAGUAAUUAGCCUAGCAUGUGCAGACAUAACGCCGACAAAACCAAUUAGCACUUCCAUUGCCAUGACCAUACUAUGGGGUCCUUUAUUUUAUAUCAUAUUUUCUUAUGUUGCCAUUAUUAUUUCAGUCAUGAAAAUCUCAAGUAAAGAGGGACGAUAUAAAACUUUUUUAACUUGUGCUCCACAGCUGUUAAUCAUCUGUCUGUACUAUCUCCCCAGAAGUAUUGUAUAUAUGGCAUUUGCUGUUGGAUAUUAUUUUGAAGCAAACCUCAAUAUUGCAUUGGUAAUGAUGUACAGUCUUUUCCCUGCCCUCAUCAAUCCACUCAUAUACUGCUUUAGGACCAAAGAAAUCAAGGACACAUUAAUGAGGAAAUUAAAGCAAAGGCAGUUGAGGGUAAAUGGAAAAACAAUUUUAACUUAA